CUCAUUUCGCAGCAGUUUUGAGCAGCCUACCCGGCCCAGCGAGGACGUGGCCUACGUGGCCUACGUGGCCCAGCUAGGCCAUGAAUUGAGACGCAGCCAGGAUUUCUUGGUUUAUAGACCGCGUGUUGAGUUUAGAACAUGGAUUCAGUAUUUUUGUUUUCAUAGUUAUAAAACUGUCGAAAAAUAAAUGCGUUUAUGAGAAGUAUUUUUGACCCAAACUGGAUAAACUGGUAGGUGAGUUCUUCCCAUUGCAGCUGCUGCAGUUUCAUGUUCCUACAUGUUUUUUUAUUGAACUGUUUUUCUAUUUACACCAAUAACAACGUAAUUAUCAGUGGCAUUGACCUUUGACCCCACCACAGUCAUGUAUUUCCUUAACAAACUCAGGAUUGUUGUGUGAAGGAAUUCAUGUUUUUGGUUUUCAUUACGUUGAUAUUUUACUGACAGGUGGACUACGCACCACAGGUGAUACUCUUGUUAAAAGCUUUACAAAACAUACGUUUCAGUGCGCUGACAUCCUUUUUAAUUAUUAUGUUUCUUCUUGUUGUGGAGUCUUCCUGCUGCCCCCACCCCCCUCCAUGUAUGAUUACAGUUUCCUGAAAGCAGGAGCUCCAGAACACACCUGUGGUUAUUUACCUGCAUGUUCUGGCAGGACGCAGCUGCAGGGUUUCAGGAGGAGUCAUCGCAAAGUUGGUGUAGGGAGUUUGACUUUGAAGCUGCGUUUAUCACUCUCAGCUGACUCACACACUGUAACACACACUGCAACACACACACACACACACACACUGCACCAGCUCCACCAUGAGAGGGUGAACCAGAGGAGCUGACGUACAGCAGGAAAAUAACUUUUCUGCUGCCUUGCUGUUGAGAAAGGAGGAGAGAGGUUUUGGGGGCAGGGAGGAGGAGAAGAAGAAGAAGAGAGAGAGAGAGGAAAAAAACACUCAUCUGAGACGAGCAGAGGGCCAAAGAGAGGGGGAAGAGCUGCAGCCGAGUCCAGAACCAGAGGAAAAACCAAAUCUGGAGAAGUUGAAGAGGAGCAGGAGGAUUUCAGUUCAGGAAACGGAGGAAGAGAGAAGAAAAGCAGGAAGAGAUCGUUGGUUUAAAGAGAGAACACGAUGUCGACACCAGAGAACUGCCCUGAGGACGUCAACAAUCGCAGCUUCUGGAUGCCUGGGAACUUCCAGCGCACAGUGAAGCGCACCGAGGACACGUUCCAGGCGUGUAACGACAUCGUGAUGUGUUUCCAGGAGAGGGCCCGCGUGGAGAGGCAGUACGCCCAGCAGCUCAGCGAGUGGAGCAACAAGUGGAAACCAGUGGUGGACUCCAGUCCUCUGUACGGGUCUCUCCUCAAAGCCUGGCAGUGUUUCCUGUCCUCGGCCGACCGGCUGGCCUCCUUACACGCCUCCAUCUGUCGCUCCCUGGUGUCGGAGGACGCGGACCGGGUCAGGACCUGGCAGAAGGACUCCUUCCACAAGAAGGUGUUUGGAGGCUUCAAGGAGUCGCAGGACAUUGAGACGGGGUUCACACGCGCCCAGAAGCCGUGGGCCAAAAAACUCAAGAAGCUGGACAAAGCUAGGCGAGCGUACCACAAGGUGAGCCGGAAGGAGCACGCAGCCAGGGAGCGAGACACUCACGCUCAGGGGAACCCGGACGUAAACAUCGACAAACAGAAGAAAAUCCACGAGGAGAGGGAAGUGGCUCAACAGGAGAGUGAGAAGGUCCGCGCUCGCUACGAGAAGAUGCUGGAGGAGGUGAACCGCUACGUUCCUCGCUACAUGGAGGAGAUGGAGUCCGUUUUCGACCAAGCGCAGGACGAGGAGCGCAAGAGGAUCGCGUUCCUCAAACAGGCCUUCCUGUCCAUCAACAAACACCUGGACGUCACCGCCAACGAGAGCGUGUUAGCCGUGUGCAAGGAGCUCCACAACACGCUGAUGGCUAUCGACGAGCACGAAGACCUUCGCUGGUGGAAAAACACCUACGGACCCGGCAUGCCCACCGACUGGCCUCACUUCCAGGAGUGGACACCUGAGAAGAAAAGUAAAAAAGGGAAGAAAAAGGAAGAGAAAAAAGAACCGUUGGAGAAAAGCGUGGUGAUUGGAGGAGUCCGAGUCAGAGCUCUGUACGACUAUGUCGGCCAAGAGACGGAUGAGCUUUCCUUUAAAGCAGGUGAGGAGUUCCUGAAGAUCGAGGAUGAGGAUGAUCAGGGCUGGUGUCGAGGGAAGAAGGACGACGGGUGGGAGGGGCUUUACCCGGCCAAUUACGUGGAGGUGGUAUAGUUACAGAAUAAAUAUAAACACAUCACUUUGCAGCACGAAGAAAUGUCUAAAAAACAUUUUAUUAAAUAAAGGUUUUAGCCAAAGAUGAAAACUUUGUGACACUUUAAAAAGAAAAGAAAAAAAACCUGUUAAACCACUUGUAUUAAAACCACAUUUAAAUAUUUUUUAAUGUAAGUWUGAAUGUUUAAGUUGCAUCUUUGAGUUUUAUUUUUUAGUCUCUUACAAAGCCUGGCAGCAUAAAGAGAAAAGAAAGUGAUGAUAAAAUCCAUCAAAUGAAGUCGACUGCUUCAUGUGGGGAAAAGGAUCAGAAUCAUGAGGUUUUUUCUUCUUUCAGCUUUUAAUUAAAAAAAAAAAGACUUUUUUAAAUCUCUGGGUUAUGAAUCCAGAGGGAAACUAGAACCCUAUCAGCAUCAACACACACCCCAUUUACUCUCAUGUUUGUUCCUUUUCUUAUUUAGACUUCAGUUUAACACUUUAUCACUUCACUGCUUUUAUUUGAAAGGAGCUCUGUUUGUUGCAGAGCUAAAAAGUGUUUCUGUUGCAAAAAGCAUCUUUACCAAAGAGAGAAACGAGCUACCACUAAAUGUUUUAUUUUUUAUUUUGGACCGUUUUUGUGCUUCAUUGUUGUCAUGUGAAAACUGAAUUUACAAAUUUUGUUGUUGUUGUUGUUUUCACAAUAAAAGCUGAAGCUCACAAA